AGAACUUAUUUGGGUUAUAAUUGAGGCUGCGUUCAUACAUCUGGCCCUUAGGCUUACUUGGCCAUGUUUUAACUGCAAUAACGGAAGCUUCAUAUAAAGUGUCUUGGGGGGAAAAGAGGGUGCAGUGCUGAAAUGUCACUUCCUGAGAGAUCAUGUUUAACAUGAAAUACUUUAUCUCCUGUGUACUAAGAGCAAUGAGAUCGCAGCAUCUAAACAGUUCAGCCCUACUGCAGGAUCUAGACUGACACAACAAAUUCCAUUCACUCCUAAAUGUUUUACAGUGCAGUCUACUACAAACUAGUCUAAGCACCAUCCAAAAGAGGAAUUAUGUCGUGUAACGUGACAUGUCAGGAUAACAUUGCUGCACGGUGUCAGAAUCAGACAAACCCUGUUUUUGUUGCAGUGUAUAGUGUGGUCUGUACAACUGGGAUCAUUCUCAACUUUAUGGCACUUGUAGUUUUUUUCUGCUGCACCAAAUCACGCUCUUAUACCAUGGUCUACAUGACCAACCUUGCUAUAGCAGAUCUCCUUCUGGUUUGUACUCUACCAUUACGGAUUUAUUUUCAUUUGGGAUUUCAAGGCCUCUCACAAAAGACCUGCGAAGUUGCUGGUCUUAUACUCUUAGCCAACAUGUAUGGAAGCAUCUUGCUCCUUACCUGUGUUAGUCUUGACCGUUGCCUGGCUGUCUGCUUCCCUGUGUCAUCCAGAGUGCGUGAAGGCCGCAAAAAGGCACCGCUAGUUUGUCUGGGGAUUUGGAUGCUAACAAUAGGAGCCAGUCUGCCCCUUUACAUUAAUUCACAAGGAGAUAAUUUGGGAAACCAAAGUAACUGUUUUAGAAGCUUUCCAAAAUAUGCCUUAAAGCCUGCUCCCCUUGCCUCCUCACUGACAGUAGGAUUUGUGAUACCGCUGAUCAUCAUGGUUCUCUGUUCAUGGGGGUUAGUACGUGCUGUCAGUCAAAGCACUGCAGCACAGAUGUCCGGCUUGCUUGACAGCUGGAAAAUCCAGAGGAUGGUAAGCAUUAACCUGGCCAUAUUUCUGUGCUGUUUUCUGCCAUAUCAUGUCAUGCUGGUGGUGAUUUACUCCUACAGCUACGAUAUCCCAAGUAUACCAUGCUCAGUGAUAUCUGCCUACUACUAUAGUUUGAUGGUCACUUGUCUGAAUGCCAUUCUGGACCCACUGGCUUACUAUUUUACCACAGAGACUUUCCGGAAAAAUAUCGAAAUCGAUGGUGUUCGGAGGAUGCUGCCCAUGAACAAUUUAAGCUCUGAUGGAAUCUUCCGCUCCAGACCACUUGCUAGUGCUUCAAGGAUAAAUAUUCCUUUUGGCUGGAAAUAGUGGAAAUUACAAAUUAUACCGACAGAUUACAUCAUCAUAAAAAUAAACAUUAUGGUGGCAUAUUGCUGUCUUCUCAAGAGGAUUUUUCUAACGGCACCACAUGGAAGAUAAGAAAUGCAGUUUAAAUGCUAGGAUCACAAAACAGAACGGACUAUUUCCUAUGGGCUAGAUUUAUUUAUGUACAUAUGUGAUGCAGCUAACGAGAGCAUAUAUUACAAGUGUCACUGAUAAAGACAUUACAUGUAAUUGAAUUGUUUAAACAUGGAUGUAAUAAUUAUGUGGGUUUUUUGGCUCAAGUUCAAAAACAAAUAUUAUUUAAACUAAAUAUUAAAUAUAAUUAAAUAUUAUAAACUUUGUUUGAUGAUUCAUAUCUAAUGGUAUCAAAAAUUCAGAAAAAAAAAUACAUCUACAUAAGACAAAUAGUAAUAGUUGAAGACGAGCCAUGGAAACCAUACCAUAAUCACAGUUUAGAAAUCAUUUCUCUCUUUUGUGGCAAAUACCUCUUAGUUUUUGUAAGAAUAACUGCUAUGAUUGUGAGGCUGAAAUGUUUUUGAUUGUUUUGGGUUUUUAAUAAUAAUAAUAAUAAUAAUAAUAAUAAUUCCAUUAAUUUAAUUACUCUAAUAUUGUCACAGUAUGCACAGUUAGUCGAUUUUGUUUCUAUGGUUAAAUUGAUGUAACUGGGGGUGGCAGGGGUUGCAAAGUGAAAUAAAACUAGGUUUAUGGAUAUUUGGAACAUUUAUUUCACCUGCUAUUACUGCUGGUAGCUAGAAGAUAUGAAUUAUAUAGUGUUGUUAAAAAGAAAACAGAAAUCUUAAGCAAUAUUGCCCUUAUUUUAAAAAAUGACAGAAGAUUAAGUCAACAAAUUAUGUUGAUUAUAUGUUGAUAUAUGUUGAUGUAUAAUGAUAUUCUGUAUUCUAAGUUAUAAAGAAAAUGUAUGUAUUUGUGAAAAUAUGU